CUUCCUCCUCUUCUCGCCUGCUCCACCACCACACCGCUUUCCCGCUCCGCCUCCGAUCUCCGCACGCGCCGGCGAGCGGGGCCCACCGCCCAGCCAGCCAGCCAGUCAGGCUCCGCCGCCGCCUCCAAGGUUGCACGCCCCGCUGUCAUUAGGUGCCCCCGUCCUUCCAUCGCCGCCGGCUUCGCCUCCCGAUCUGCAAACUAGCAAUUCCCCGCUCAGGAGUGGGGCCUGUCCUGCCGCAGCAGAACCCCAGCGCUGCCGCCGACGCCGCCGCCGCGCAGGCCCCACGUCUCAUCGUCACGCCGUCGCAGUUCAAGUGGUUAACUCUGCCGUGCUCCUCCGCCGCCGCCGCCGCGCUCUGCUACUGCCAGUCUCCGGAAGCUCUGUACCCUAGGGUUGGGCAGUGAAAGGAGGGAUCCUUGCGCUCUCCGUCCGCGGGGAUCGAGGGAGGGAUGCGCGGAUCGGGGCGGCGGGCGCGGCGCGGAUGUUCGGCCGCAUGAGGUGCCUAGUCGGCGGCGGCGUCCAGGACAGCCCGCGCUCUGCGGCCAAGAGGGUCUCGCCGGCGUCGUGGCGGUCGGACACCGCCGCAGCCGAAGCAGCCGCGGUAGCUGGGGGCAAGGGGCCGGUGAUCUGCUUCAGGCCGCCGGACGUGAUGGAGACGGUGCACGAGGUGGCCAUUUACAUCCACCGCUUCCACAACCUCGAUCUGUUCCAGCAAGGAUGGUAUCAGAUGAAAAUUAGUGCAAUGUGGGAGGAAGGUGGCAACAAAACACCAGCUUCACCUGCCAGGGUCGUACAAUAUGAAGUAUCUCACGGGAUUUUGGUUGCUGUUGAUCCUUCUGAUGUUGGUGCGGAUGAUGCAUUAGGCAUUUGGAAAAUAGAUGAUGUCGAUAAUAGCUUCUACACACAGCCGUUUCGGAUCAAGUAUGCUAGACAGGAUAUCUAUCUCUCGGUUAUGGUGUCUUUCAACAUAUUCAACAGCGAAGAGGAGGGUCCAGCAGCUUCGGCUGUGAUGUUGAAGUUUGAGCUGAUAUAUGCCCCAACACUUGACAAUGGGUCUGAGCUUCAAGCUUCUAGUGUCACAUCUUCAGCAGCUGUGCAUGAAUUUCGGAUCCCACGCAGAGCACUCCUGGGUCUACACUCCUACUGUCCAGUUCACUUUGAUGCAUUCCACUCUGUGCUUGUUGAUCUGACAUUACAUAUAGUGUACCUGAAAGCUGGUGCAACUAAACCAUCAUUGAAGGUGCCAGACGAAGGUUUAGGUCCUGUGUCGUAUCACAUUGUAAAGGCAUUAUUAACAUCUAGGAAAAUGUUGCUUGAGGAACUGAAGAAAAUCAGUGAUGCUAUUGGGAAGAGAAUAGAUGAUUUAGAUGGUGCUGACUUGAAUCUUGGCAAAUAUGAGCCAGUUAAUCCGUCAAAUUCCGGGCUACCUAAUUCUAGUAAAGUGUUCCCUGCAACUGGCAAGGGUGUUGGACAGUUGGCUGGAAUUUUACAUGACUUUUUGGAGAGACCCAAUGAUGUGGUUAAUGGGACAGAAGAUUCUAUGCUGUAUGCUCUUCCCAAGGAAGAGCUGUUAGAGCUGUUUCUAACUGUGAGCGGUCAACUUUCACUUCUAUGGAAUGCAUUCUUGAAAUUUCAUAGGGCAAACAAAACAAAGAUAUUGGACUACUUGCACGAUGUUUGGGCUAUUGACAGGAAGGCAGAAUGGUCAAUAUGGACUGUUCACUCAAAAAUUGAGAUCCCUCAUCGCUAUUUGCGGAGUAUGAAUGAUGACUCAUCUCACCGUCAUUCGCUUCUUAGAGUUUCUGGUUCAAGGAAGUUCCAUGAUGAUCCUGUACAAAACUCUGCUUCACGGGCUGACCUACACAGGAAAAGCAUAGCACAAAUGAAGAUCAAUACACAGUCUGUUCAAGAUAUGCAUAUAUAUGCUGAUCCAUCACGUGUUCCUGUUGUUCUUAUAGAACAACAUGUCAUGGUUGUUCCACAACAUGGUUCCGGCAAGGAUCUGGCUCUGAAUGCUUCUGAACAAAAGGAUACCAUUGUGCUACCUAAACUACAAGGAGACUCUUUGGCAGCCAAAAGUAGUGCUGGUAAAAAAAGUGGACGCAUCUUGCGAGCUGUCAUUUUUGUGCAUGGUUUUCAGGGUCACCAUUUGGAUUUACGUCUCGUUAGAAAUCAAUGGCUUCUAUUGGAUCCUGGAGCUGAUUGCCUAAUGUCUGAGGCUAAUGAAGAUAAAACAUCUGGGGAUUUCAAAGAAAUGGGUAGCAGGUUGGCUGGGGAAGUAGUUGCCUUCCUGAAAAAGAAAGUGGAUAAGCUUUCAAGAUAUGGAGGCUGCAAAGAGCUGAAGUUAAGCUUUGUCGGUCAUUCCAUUGGGAACAUAAUCAUUAGAAGUGCCCUGGCAGAACCUGCAUUACAACCAUACUUGAAAAACCUCCACACUUACAUGUCGAUAUCCGGACCUCACUUGGGUUACUGGUACAGUUCAAAUUCUUUGUUCAAUUCUGGACUCUGGCUGCUGAAAAAGCUCAAGGGAGCGCAAUGCAUCCAUCAACUGACUUUUAGCGAUGAUCAAGACCCCCAGAAUACGUACUUUUAUAAGCUUUGCAAGUUAAAAACUUUGGAGAACUUCAAAAAUAUCAUAUUGCUGUCCUCACCACAGGAUGGUUAUGUACCAUAUCAUUCUGCGAGAAUCGAGCUCUGCCCAGCUGCAUCAUCUGACACCUCAAGGAAGGGCCAAGUCUUCACAGAAAUGCUCAACAACUGCUUAGAUCAGAUCCGUGCGCCGUCAUCCGACACCCGGAUAUUCAUGCGCUGUGAUGUGAAUUUCGACCAGUCCAACCAAGGUCGAAGCCUAAACACCAUGAUUGGCAGAGCAGCCCACAUCGAGUUCCUGGAGACUGACCUCUACGCCAAGUUCAUCAUGUGGUCCUUCCCUGAUCUGUUCCGAUGAUGACUGCUGCUCAUCUCUGUGAUACUGCCACAUACCAAACCAAUAGUGCACACUACUGAGUACUGACCAAGCAAGGAAAAUUAAGCUUGCAUAGCAUAAAUGCUCCACCAGAAUCCAACACCGAGACGGGUACCGCUGUAAAGAUCCUAGCAGCAAUUGUUUUCCAGCUUGCUAGAUUCGAUUUGUAUAAAUAGCUUAUUCUUUUUCAGUUCCAUUCAUAGUGCUGUAGAUGGUCACCUUUGCUGUGAAUUCAUAAUCCUUGUUGCCUGGUGUAUUUAACACUGCAGUUUAGGAUGUGCUAACAAUCAGUGAGCUUAUUAUGCCGAAAUAAGCGUUUUACGUUUUGAUUUUUCGUCA